AUGCAGAGCGUCGGCCUGGAGUCAGACCCUGUGGAGGCAAUCGCGGGGGCUCUAGCGGCCGGGGCCGAUGUGGAUGGCGGUGUUAGUGGCGUUAGCGGCGUUAGCGGUGGUGGGAGUGACGAUGUGAGCGGAGAUGCUAGCGGUCAUGUUAGUACCGAUUCAACUUCGGAUGUGCGUGCCGCUGCCCCUGCCGCUGCCACGGCUGGUGAACCGCUCCUCGAGGAGACCACCCAGAUGGGAGACCCACCCAGGUGCAAGCAAGUGAAGCUGAAGAGCGAGCCAGUCAUCCUGAUAGACAAAGUCGAACGCUGUCUAGUGGUCGAGUGGUUCGAAAAUGAAAUCAGAAGGGAGCAGAGAAUUUCCUAUAAAAAGUAUGGAAACGAUAAGGCAAAAGUAAGAGCAAAAGAAUUGAUAGAAAAAUUAAAGGCAGGCAUAACGUUCGAGCAGCUAUACCCAGACAAAGGACCACCCAUCGUUCGAGUGUAUAAAGAUGUGGGAAUAUACAGAGUGUCUUUGAUAAGAGACAGAACUGAAAGGGAAUGGAGAGUCGAAUGGACAGACAAUGAAACUCCAAUGAAGGCCAGAUGGUCAUGUAAAAAAGUGGGCAAUAAUGAGGCAAAGCAAAGAGCAGAGACAUUCGCGCAAAGUAUGAUCGAAGGGGUUUUUAAUCCCAUUUUGCUUCACAAGGCUACGGGCACUAGGUUUUCAAGGUCAGACAGAACCGUUGUAAAGAUAAAUGUGUAUAUGAAGAAGAAUGUCAAGAGGAAAAAUAAGUGCAAGAUGCUCAGGGGAGGGGAUAAACCUCCCUUGGUUAAAGGAAAGGCAAUCAAAAAUGGGUUCAGGAGAGGAAAAAUGAAACAUGUGAGUGACACCGUUGAUGGUUCACUUGUGGAAGGAUCGGAUGCUCUUAAUAGGAACGAGACCUACAGUGGAACCCCCUUGAGCAAUUUUUUUCUUCAAAAUGAAGGUGCCACGUUGGAUGGAAGGACAGAUGCUAAUUAUGGGGGGAGAACCGAAGAGGAGGAUGCCAAAGUGGCUACCCCUGAGGAGAGUUACCUCCUGAGUGAGUACCAUCUCGGGGGAGGAAUGCCUAUGAAGAAGAGGCAUUACAAGCCGAGGGGAAAGGGCGCGAAAGGGGAGAGGAUGAAGAAGACGCCAAAGGAGGGUUCAAAAUUGAAGGGGAAAAUGGCGCACCGGGUAAAGGACUCGACGAGGGGUGCAAUGGGAGGCCCUGCGGAGGAAGGUUUGGCGGGUGAAUGCGGAGCGGCUCAAACGAAUGGCCCAGCCGAACUGGACCUUUUCAGCUGCUGCGCAGAAUUGGGUAACGUAGACCCUCCUCCCUUCUCAUCCAACAGUAACCACCUGAAGAAUGAGCCAGACAGGUGCGACCCCUUGUCCAUGCCGUAUAGCGACAAUGGGGGGGGGAUCUUCAAUUGUAAUAAAAGUGGGGCCCAAGAAGUUGGGGGCAUGACGAGCGGCUACCUCUUCCCCUGUGAGCAGUACGAAGGGUACCGCGCGGGGGGGGACUACUCCAGGUAUGCGUAUGCAGCGAGGAGCGCAGCCCACGCGGUUUACGUGAAUUACGGCGUGCAGCAUGGGGCUCUGCAUUAUGGGGGUGAGCGUUAUGGAGGUCUGCAGCGUGGUGAUCUGCAGCGUGGUGACUUGCACCGUGGCGAUGUGCCCGCUUUCCAUUACGGGGGGGAGGAUCCCUUCGCGAGGAGCCACACCACUCGGAGUGAGUAUCUUCCGGGGGGAGGCGCUCUGCCUGCUGGUCACUACGCGAGCGGCGCUGUGUUGAGAGGAGAGCGGUAUCCCCCCUACAUGGUGAGUUACGGCGGGGGAAUGGCCCCCCACAUGGGGGAGAUGCAUAGGGGGGUAGCCUCGGUGGCUAUGCAUAGAGGGGCCGCCGCGGAGGCUAUGCAGAGGGACGGCUUCUUCCACCGUAGGGACGAACCAAACGGGGGGUCAUUUCGCGACGUUGUGGGGGACCCCCAGGGGGGUGGCCUUCUCCCCCAGAAGAGCCACAUCAAAAGUAGGAAACACGUCAGGCAGCGCAUCUGUCAUUUGAAGAAAAUAAAGCGCGAGGCGGGUGGGAACGACGUGGAGGGGAAGGACCCCCACAAGGGAGGCGAGAGGAGUAAGGGGACCAAGUGCUUGCCCGUAGGGGGGAGCGGCAUUAUGGGGGUUGGCGGCAUUAGCGGGGUCGGCGGAGUGGGCGACCCCCCCCCAGCUUCGCACAAAGCAGAAAGAAAAAAACGAAAGCGAAGCGCGAAUCGGAAUUUCAAAGGGGAGGACUUCCUACUGGAUGAGGAGUUGUCUAAGUAUUUUUCCACCUACCAGAAGGUUCAGUUGAGGAAAAAUCAAAAGGCCCUGCGGAAUCAGCUGAAUGGAGUUAUGGGUCAUGUUGUGGGUGACUCCAUGGGAGUGUGCAGAGGAAGGCGGUAUAACCACAUCACCGGGGACGUGUGUGGGGAGAAGACCACCACCACCGUCGUGCAUGGGGGGGGUGCUCAUUUGAGAGCGCUUAGUCAGCAAGAGUUGGGGGGAGGACAAGACGGCACCUACGGGCAUAGCGAAGUGGUACCCACCGUGAAAAGGAGCUCCAGUGUUGAUGCUAACAAAAAUGAUAACGUGCUGAUGAACGCUAGGGUGAUCCCCCUUGAAAAUGCAGGGGGGGACCUCCUGACGGAAGAAGCUGCAACGAAGCCGAGGAGACGAACGAAGCAUUGUAGGUUCAGUCGCGCUAGCCAAAGUGCUCUAAGCAGGGUAGACACGAUUAACCAAAAGGAGGAUUCACUUUAUUAUGGUAAUGCAAAUGGGAUGAUGGCGUCUUACAGGAUGUUCAAGGCAGAUGGGGAGAGAGACGCCUCUGCGUGCGGCGCCUUCGGAUCGUACGCGGUGGGAAAUAUGGCUGGUAUGCUGGUCAGCGACUCUGGUUUUGCCCCCCAAUUGAGUAACCACCAUGAGGGGAGCAGCGGUGAUGUGAUGAAUGACCGCACGGAAGGGGAUUCAUCUGCAGGCGGGCUUCUCCCGAGCGGGCUGCAUUACGGCGCGGAGCAGCAAGGGAGUAUUGGAGUUGACUGCGGAGGGAACGCCGGAGAACUGGUGGACCCCUCUCGUAGUGACGCGGCCGAAGGGAAGACUCACCUAAUGAACCUAAGAAGGGCGAGGAGGAGAAGCACCCCAAUGAGUAGUGACCACCCAGUGGGUAGCGACCACCCUGUGAGCAGCGACCACCCUGUGAGCAGCGACCACCCCAGUGAGGUCCUCAAAAAAGACAUCUCAAAUUGCCCCCCCGUGAGAAACAGCACAAUCGAGUUUGUAGAUAAUCCAAGGGGGUACAGAGUCCCAUACGAGUACCAGUCGCAAGUAUUUUAUGAGCAUUUUGAGGUGCCGCUAAAUUCGCAAAAGGAAUUUGAAUUACAGCAGAGGUACUUUGCCUGCUUGUUCUCUUUGCACAUUUUAGCUGUUGGGUGGAACACGAACAAGAAUGCCCGCGUGGAGGACUACAUGCAGGAGCUGUCCGACCCUGCCUUUCGACUUCUCGCCAUGGGUGGUGUGGACAGCUGUGGGGAUGCCCCAAGGCAUGAUGGGUCUCCUGCUAGUGAGAAGGGCAGACAGAGUGGACAGCUGGAAGGAAGGCUAACCGUGCUGAAUCGCGGCGAAUUACAGAACGGGGGAUUCCUUACGUCUAACAGAUUGGCAAAUGAGACGAGCGGUGCAGACUAUUGCUACUUCAACCCCGCGGGGGGUACAGCGGGUGGGUCCCUGAUUAACGAUGCCCUGAACGAGGCGCACCAGUUGGGACCACCGGGUGGUGAGCAGGAGGUGGGAGGCAUGAGCAAGUAUGAGUGUGAGCAUCUCAUGAGUGGUCCACAUGGUGGGGGUGGUUUAAGCGGUUUUGGCGGUGUUAGCAGUUUGGGCGGCCUUGCCGGACCUGGCUAUGCGUGCGCGCAGGGCGUCGGCGGCAUGGGUGGGCCGUACAGCGCGUGCAUGAUGGGAAGCAUAAACGGCACAGUAAACGCAGCAGUAAACGUCGCAGUAAACGCAGCAGUAAACGUCGAAGUAAACGCAGCAGUAAACGCCGCAGUUGGAGUGGAUUACCAAUUGGGGUCUGCGCAUGGAAAGGACGCCGCGGCAUGCUUGAACGGGGUGGACAGCAACCCGAGCGGAGUAAACGGAGCAUGCGCCAACUCAGGAGAAGGAAUGAACGACGUAAGAGGGGCCAAUGCGGAGGGUCUGAUGCUUCCCAAUGUGAAUUAUCCUAACGGAUUGAAUUCAACGCAUCUGCAUGGAGAGCAUAUGGUGAACCCCAGCAUGCACAGCAAUGGUAAUAUGCCUUAUGACCAUGAGGGGGAGAGAAAUUUAGAAUACACGCAGAAUUACAUGUAUAAGGUGAACCCGCUUAACAUGAGCAACGUGGAUGAGGCUUCCUAUGAACAUCCGUUAAGUAGGGAUACCGCUUUGCCCUUCCACAAGGAGGUGACCAUGGUGAAUGGCUCCCCAUGGGAAGGGAGAGAGGAAAACGAAGCCGCAUUUGAUGCAGCGAACACGGAAGUGGCUAACCAUUACAAUGGCUUUACUAACCAAGCGAAUCAUAUCCCCAUGGUGGGUGCCCAAGGAGAAGAGGGCUGCUACCCCAAUCUGCAGAGUAGCAUGGGAAAGAACAGCGAGUUAGACGCGUUAGCGGCAUGCGGGAGGGAUGACAAUCCUUACGGUGUGGGAAGUGUUGAGUAUGAUGAAGUACCAAUUGGAGGAAGGAGGGACGUGGCCAGUGGAGGGCAGUGCUCACUUGGAGAUACUUCAUAUGUAGAGAGUGCCGACUUGUGUGUGAGAAAGGGAGGAGCGUUUGAAAUGGUUGGAGAGGUGCACCACGGGCAAGGAGAGCAAUCCCCUGUUAGGCAGCCCCCCGUGAGAGAAGUCCCCGCCAAUGAGUACGACCUCGUGACGAUUGGUGAAAAAGACGCACCGCCCCAAAGAAUGGGCUACAUAAAUCUGCCAUACGACAGGGGAGAUGCACUGAACGGCGAUAAGCUAAACUCGGAGGUGAUGGAAGAACAUGCAGAGGGUACUGGAAAAGGAGACUACCUCUACUAUAGCGGAUACAGCCAUGCAGACAAUGGCACCGGGAUGCCAGAGCGAGACUUGCAUAACUGUGGUGAAGAAGCCAACUACAACACCGUUGCUAAAUCAAAUGACGAGUGUAGCAGUGGUAGCCCACACGGAAAUGGAGAGUACUCCGUGCACGACAAGCCGCACUACGAAUUUGGACACAUGCUUCAGGUGUUUCCAAAUUAUGAGCAGCUGCAACGGGAAGGAAGCUGCCAGGAUAACGUGGUUGAUAGGCAGGCGCAGUCUCAGUUUGGCGACGCGCAUUACCGGUUCGGCGUGUGCAGCGCGGGGGCUCAGCCGCCCACUGGAGAGGUGGUUCCCGGCCAGCAGCACACGGAUGAGCUGAGCGGGAGCGGCAGCCAGAACGGAAGUCCUAGCGGAAGUCACAGCGGCAGCCAAAAUGGCAGUCAUAUGGGCAGUCAUAGGGACAGCCGUAAUACCACCCCAAACAGCUACGACGACGUGGCGUACAACAGCUACUUUAAGAAGGCCAAGCUGACCUCCACGUCCAUCUCCACCCCCUUGACGAACAUGAAGGAUAUGAACAGCUACGAAUAUUUCGCCAGCAGGAAAAUGAUAGACAAGCUGAGGUCCACCUCAAAUUCGAGCACCAUAAACACGGAGUACCUCCCGAGCAACCUUUUAAAUUCCAUAAGCAUGAACAACGUGUGUCUGUCGAAUAAUGUGAAUGAGCAGGGGCAGAAGUAG